UCUCUAAUCUCUCUCUACACGGAAGUUUGUUACCGGCGGCGAUUGAUCGGAACAGAUUCUUGCCGGAGAAUCGGUUUCGGGAACUGGAAUCAUAUUCCGUUGGUGUGCAUUGUGCAAGAAGAUGAAGAUCAUUGUCAAAACAUUGAAGGGGAUUCGCUUCGAGAUCGAAGUAAAACCCAACGAUUCGGUUGCUGAAGUGAAGAAGAACAUAGAGACUGUGAUGGGAGCUAGUGAAUAUCCUGCUGCACAACAAAUACUUAUUCAUAAAAGGGAAAAGCUUAGAGAUGAAACAACAAUGGAGGCGAACAAAGUUUUUGAUAAAAGUGUUAUUGCCAUUAUUAUCACCAAGGGAUGUCUAGAGGAGAUGGAGAAGCAAAACCCGCCAUUGUUCCAGAUGAUUCGACACAACAGUGCUGGCUUCGUACCUGUGCUAAACAAGGAAUCCUUUGAACGUGACAACGAAUUGGCACAACCUGAAGAGGAUUUGUUGCAACUUCAAGUCACAGCUGUGGAUGAUGAAGCAAUCAACAGGCUGGAAGCUAUGGGAUUCGAGAGAAGGGUGGUGUUGGAGGUGUUCUUAGCUUGCAACAAGAACGAACAGUUGGCUGCAAAUUUUCUUCUCGAUCACAUCCACUAA